AUGUCUUUGGUAAGGAGGGUAUUUUCGUCCUCGAUUAUCUCGGAAGUGGGCACGCGUCUGUUGCGCCAGGAAUGCCCGUUUUCGGACUGUAGGGACUCGAGUUGUUUUGUGGUGUCGAGUAGCUUGGAGUGGAGAUCGAUUGUUGCUCCAUACUCUUCUGCUCUAACAGUGAAAUCUUCUUCUCUGAAAAACUGGAUUCUUCCAAGAGCUUCUGAUUUAUGCAUCUCCCUUCAAGUUCUGCAUAGAGCUUCCCGAGAUGAUCGAGCUCUGUCCGAGUGUUCUCCAGCUGAGAAGCCAACCCAUCUUUCUCACUCAUCAGCCCAGACUUCUCCUCAACAAGCAACUGACACGAAUCUUCCAAGACUUUCGAUUUAG